CUCGUAAAUACUCUAAUAAAUGAAAAUGUGGAUUAUCAGAGAAAAUUCUCAAUGCCAGCCGAAAAAGGCGUUCUCUAAUAUUGAUUGGGUUUGGAGUCCAGCUGAGCAGACCAGACCAGACGAGACCGACGGAUCUCACUUAACAACUCGCAGCCAACUGUAUCUUUGUUAUUGUACUGUUGUUAUACAAGCACUUCUUCUUGUUCAUCUAUGGCUGGCUUCAGAGCUGAAGAUGACUAUGAUUACCUUUUCAAGGUAGUGUUGAUUGGUGACUCUGGUGUUGGCAAGUCUAAUCUGCUUUCAAGGUUCACUAGGAACGAGUUUAGUCUCGAGUCUAAGUCCACCAUAGGUGUUGAGUUCGCUACUCGUAGUUUGAAUGUUGAUGGCAAGGUCAUCAAGGCUCAGAUUUGGGAUACUGCUGGCCAAGAAAGGUACCGUGCUAUAACUAGUGCUUACUACCGAGGUGCUGUUGGUGCCCUUCUGGUGUAUGAUGUCACUCGACACUCCACUUUUGAAAAUGUAGAAAGGUGGUUAAGGGAAUUGAGAGAUCACACAGAUCCCAACAUUGUGGUCAUGCUUAUUGGUAACAAAUCAGAUCUUCGCCAUCUUGUUGCUGUCUCAACCGAGGAUGGAAAAUCUUUUGCUGAAAAUGAAUCUCUCUUCUUUAUGGAAACUUCUGCCCUUGAGGCUACUAAUGUGGACAAUGCAUUUGCUGAAGUGCUGACUCAAAUCUACCGUAUUGUGAGCAAGAAGGCUAUGGAGACUGGUGAUGAUGGUGCUGCAUCUGUUGUACCCACUAAAGGUGAGAAAAUUGAUGUGAGUAAAGAUGUUUCUGCUGUUAAGAAAGGUGGCUGCUGCUCAAGCUAGGGUUUUGAAUUAUUUUGAAUGGAUUUGGCUCCUUUGUCUGGCCGCAUCUGUUCUCUCCACAACUUUAUUGUGUAAAAUUUUCGAAAAAUAGCCAACAGUAAGAGAUAAGGCAUGGAUUAUUUUUUCCUUCAUAUUCACAAAUUUUUUCCCGAUGAUUGUUGUUUUUGGCUAAGAGCUUAAGUAGGAGAAGCAAAUUAUAGUUGCUUUUGGUUAGAUAUUGAGUGGAGAUUAAAAAAGUUGCAGUAAGAAAUUGUUGAUCUAGACUCAGAUUCUGAUUCACUCAUGUCAUUUAGAUCUUUUUAGUAAGUUAUUUGUUAUGUCACUUGUGAACUUAAGCAGAGUGCGACUUCUGAACUGUGCAAUGUGUGUUAAAAUGUGAAUGGUGUUUGGUUUGACGGGCUGCAAGGGUUUUAAGAACCAGUUGAGUUCUAAUGUUUAUACUAUAAGGAUCAUGUUUAUCUUGA